UUAAACGUCAACUUGUUAUGUCAUUGCGUGGAAGACGGUUUGGUUGGCACCAAUCUCCGUUUUAGACGUAAUAAUCUGCAGUUUAAUGGAAAAAGAAUAUAUAUAUGUACAGACAAACGUCUAUGAAUGGGUUCAUAUAUAGCAUAAGCGAAUAUAUAUUCUUGAAGCUUUGUAAAAUGUCUUACGAGAAAGAGCUAGCCGCUGCAAAGAAAGCCGUUUCUCUAGCUGCUCGUCUCAGCCAAGGAGUACAGAAGACUCUGUUGCAAUCCGAAGUAUGGACAAAAUCCGACAGAACUCCGGUUACUGCAGCUGAUUUUGGGUCACAAGCUCUUGUUAGUAUUGUAUUAGAGAGGGAGCUCCAACCUGAAACCUUUUCAUUAGUAGCAGAAGAGGAAACCGGAGAACUGCGGAAGAAGGGAAGUGAGGUGUUUCUAGAAGGUAUUACGAAGCUUGUGAAAGAUACUCUAGCUUCUGAGGAAUCAUACGCAGACUCUCCUCCUCUAUCCACAGAAGAUGUGUUGAACGCUAUAGACUGCGGUAAAUCAGAAGGUGGUUGCAGUGGUUACCACUGGGUUCUUGAUCCUAUUGAUGGAACCAGAGGAUUUGUGAGAGGAGAGCAGUACGCUGUGGGAUUAGCGUUGCUUGUGGAAGGCAAGGUGGUGCUUGGUGUCAUGGCUUGUCCGAAUCUUCCUUUAGCUUCUGUCGUUUGUGAGACAGAUAAGUCUUCCAAGGAGAAUGUUGGCUGUCUUUUCUUUGCUACAUCUGGUUCAGGGGCCUACGUGCAACCUCUCGAAGGCAAUUCUCUGCCGCAGAAGGUAGGAGUGAGUAGCAAUGAGAAUCUUGAAGAAGCAAAAUUUUUAGAAUCAUACCACAAACCAAUUCCCCUCCAUAGUUCCAUUGCCAAGAAACUUGGGAUCACAGCAUCACCGGUAAGGAUGGAUAGCCAAGCAAAGUAUGCAGCAGUGUCCAGAGGAGACGCAGAGAUAUACUUGCGCUUCACUCUCAGUGGACACCGUGAGACUAUAUGGGACCAUGCCCCUGGUUUCAUCAUCACAACAGAAGCUGGAGGCGUGGUUUGCGAUGCUGCAGGGAAGUCUCUGGACUUCUCGAAAGGAAAAUAUCUUGCCCACAAAACGGGGAUCAUUGUUACCACCAAGAAACUCAAGCCAUGCGUUUUGAAGGCAGUCAGAGAAGCCAUGGAAGAGGAGAAGCUCAUUUCUGAAACGCACAACCGAAACUGUACUCUAUCUGUAUAUGUCUGAACUGGUAACUGGUGUGUAUAGUUUGUUCAUAUAUUGGAAACGUCAUAUAUGAAAAUAAUUUGUGCUUGGAGGAAACACUACAA